AGCUUGGUAAGGGGGGGCCCAAACUCCUCGCGAACGCCUGCGCCGGGAUGGAAGACAGGAGCGUGGAUAAGUUUGCAGGCUUUCUGACACGUCAGCUUUCGGAGCUGCAAGGUCGAAUAGUGGCCGAAUACCGCCUCCACGCAGCCAGUGCUUCGCAGCAGGAGUUAGUUGCUGCACGAUCCAGCGCUGGAGAGGACGAUCUGAGCUCAAGCAGCUUCAGCACCUGCAAGCUCGACGACGAGCCCCCCGACGUGCUGGCGGCCGGGGCAGGUGACGGAUGCCGGCGCCCGACUGGCCACGACGAGGACAGCGCCG